AUCGACCAACAUCGACACUGCACUACAUGUGUACAAGAAUAAUUUUUAUUCAUUAGUUUACGAAUUUCUUUUUAUAAAUUUGUCGACUUUUUUAAUUGGAUACUAAUUAAAAAAAAUGUCAUUAAUCCUAAGAAGAAUAAAUCCUUCCUUUGCUCUUACACAAAGAUUCUUCUGCUCAAAGGGUAUUCCGAAAAAUGUCUUGGAAGAUAACCAUACCGGUAGUCAACAACAAGAAAAUGGUGUUAUAUUCGACAAGAAGCCAUUCAAAAUUACCCUAGAAAAAGAUAAGAUCUAUGGUUGGUGUUUAUGUGGUAAAUCAAAAAACCAACCUCUUUGCGAUGGGACUCACAAGAAUAUUUAUUUGAAGAUUAAGCUAAGACCAAUACGCUUUAAAGUGGAAAAAUCAGGUGACUAUUGGCUCUGCAAUUGUAAGCAAACUAAACACAGGCCAUUCUGCGAUGGAACGCACAAACAGCCACAUAUUCAAUCAGCAGUAAAAUAAAGUAAAUGACUACAAACUGUAAACACACACUCAAAUCAAGUCCAAUCUGUUAUAAAUGAAAAAUCGUAA